GAAUCUGGGGAGGAGGAAGGGAGGGUGUGCUGGUGUCUGAGGUGUUGCUGCUCCAGACCAGUGCCUGGGACUGACUGUAGAACCUCUCCAUGCUUCACUUCUCACUGGUCCCUGCUUCUGGAAAUAUUGUCACUCCUAUUUUUGAAUUUGGAUCUGUUUGUACUCACAGCUGUUUGGAACAUUGGAACAGAAUAAUGGAUCUCACCACUUUUUACUUCCUGACCACUACUUUGGUUUUGAUACUGGAGCAUGAAGCAUACUCAGACUCCACCUCCAUCCCUGGGACUGGUUCAGAGGAGGGCCCCGUGAAGCUGCUUAACCACAGGCCCCUUCGGCGGGAGAAGCGUUGUUCCUGUGAGAACCUGAAGGAUAAAGAAUGUGUGUACUUCUGCCACAUCGGCAUCGUCUGGGUCAACACUCCUGGUCAGAUAGUGCCAUAUGGAGUGGGCUCUUUCCCUGUUCGACUGAGGAGAGAGGUGGGACGGUGCUUCUGCGCGGAGAGAAAUGACUUGGAGUGUCGUCACUUCUGCUCUGCCUUGCGUACACUCAAAGAAGGUGAAAAUGAUUUGGUCAAGAGGAAGUUUGCGACAAAGUUUAAGAAGAGAUAUAAGGCUGGAAUCUCGGAUGAAAGGAACCAACAAACACUAAUUCAAGAAACCUGAAAGGAGAGAAUGGACAUCACCCUCGUUCCAUGUGUCAUCCACUUUCAUUGGUCUCUUUUACAAUAGGAUGCAAAAGAACAUUGUACAAUGGUGGCCUGUGUCUGAAAUGUAUUUAUGAAAUUAUGUUGUAACUUUGCCUUCUUUUUGUCAUUGUGAAUAAUUUUUGAAUGAUUUUAUUGCUGUACAUAAAUAUUUCCACUUUACAACAUACAGUACAUACAUAAUUUUGAAAUCAGAUAUUGUUACAUUAAUGCAGAAAUGAUCAGUAUUAAGAGAGUAAAUGUAAAUGUCUUGUAUCUCUGUCAAAAGUAUCUGUCAUUUCAACAUGUUUUGACCACUUACAUCCAUUGGACAUGUUUUCUGUCAUGAAGUUUGAAAGUGAAAGAUGUACAUGCCGUAGAUGCAAAGCAAUGCUGUUCGUUGUUCUUCACAGUGAGUUAUAUGCCAAGCCAGACAGGAAAUAAACUGUGUGAUCUAGGACAGGUGGGUUAUUGUACAAUAUAGCCAAAAGUAAAACAUUUACAGUUGAAGUCAGAAUUUUACAGACACUUAGGUUGGUGUCAUUAAAACUCAUUUUUCAACCACUCUACAAACUU